AACUAGCUAGGCGUACACGUAAGCUGAUCCAAUUCCAAUUCCUUCUCGUCUCCCCUUUUCCCCUUUCUCUUCUUUCCCCCACACCACGACGACGCCGCCGCCCAGCUUCUUCCCCGCCGGUUCUUCGUCUUCGUCGCGCUCCGGCUCUCCUCCGCCCCCGCGUCGCAGGAAAUUAUAUUUAGUCACUGGUGACCAUGACCAACUCUAGUGAGGUUCCCUUUUAUCACUCGUUGCCCGUAAAAGGAGCUGAAAGCAGUCUCAAGGAUCAGAUCCACUCCAAGGUUAUGGGCACGAUAGGCAAUGUCAUCAACUCAAUUGAUCCAAAGUCGUUGCCUCAGCAAGCAUGGGAAACAGCUGGAAAUGCCGUUAACUCCCUUGAGUCAAAGUUAUCCGGGCAAAAGCCGUUUGAUUUUGAUGGUGGAAAUGAUUUCCUUGAUGGAUAUGAAUGCCCUGAUGAUUAUUGGGACCCGGAACUGCAGAGGGCAGAAAAGCCAGUAAACAUUAGAAACCUGCUGGGUGGCAUAGUUGCUAUCAUUGGUCGCACUUGCAAAAAUGAUGAAAUUCAACAAUCAAAGGACACUAAGAGUAGCGUCUCAUUCUUGGGGUCAAGUAGUGAUGGAGAUACAUUCUUGCAUACCUCAGUCUACGCACCAAGUGCUCCUCCAUUGCUUGAUGAAGAAGCCUUGAGUUACAAUAUUUAUAGGGUUGUUUUAGAGGCAGAACCACCAGAAUGGCUGCCCGAUAGUUAUGCUGACUCGUGCAUGCAGUGUUCUGCUUCUUUCACUGCCAUUACUUGUGGAAGGCAUCAUUGUCGGUUUUGUGGAGGGAUAUUUUGCAGGGCAUGUUCAAAAGGCAGAUGUCUUUUGCCAGCCAAGUUUCGUGAGCGAAACCCACAAAGGGUCUGCGAUGCAUGUUAUGAUAGGCUUGAUCCAUUGCAGAACUUACUGAUAAAUUCUGUCAGCAACGCGACACAAACUGCAAAGCAUGAUGUUAUGGAUUGGACUUCUGCCAGAGGGUGGUUGAAUUUGCCAAUUGGAUUAACAUUGGAACACGAGAUAUACAAGGCGGCAGUGUCCCUUAGGAGCUACAGUCAGGUUUCAAGGAUAAACCCGGGAAAAUCUAUUCCGCAUGCAGUCCUUAGUGGAGCAAGUGGACUUGCUAUCUUGACAGUUGUAAAAGCUGGUGCAUUUCUUACAUACAAACUUGGAACUGGCUUAGUAGUUGCUCGUAGAUCAGAUGGAUCAUGGUCUCCACCGUCUGCUAUAGCUUCAGCUGGAUUAGGAUGGGGAGCACAGGUUGGCGGUGAGUUGAUGGAUUUCGUCAUAGUGCUUCAUGGUCCUGAAGCUGUGAAGACCUUCAGCAGCCGAAUGCAUUUUUCAAUCGGUGCAGGUUUAAGUGCUGCAGCAGGACCUGUUGGCAGAGUAUUAGAAGCUGAUGUGAGAGCUGGUAAUAAAGGCUCCGGAGUUUGCUAUACAUAUAGUUGCAGCAAAGGCGCAUUUAUCGGGGUUUCACUAGAAGGGAACAUUGUUUCCACUAGGAUGGACGCCAACCUGCGGUUCUACGGCGAUCCGUAUCUGACAACCAGUGAUAUACUUAUGGGGAAUCUGGAUCAACCAAACGCUGCUAAGUUUCUGUACAAAGCGUUGGAUGACCUAUACUCGGGUCUGGAUUGUUAGCACGACGAAAAAAAAUCACAAUCUGUACAUAUUUGAUUUGAUUCCGAGUGUAGCUAGUUGUGUUGAUUCUCUUGGCAAAAAAAGUUAUGUUGAUUCUCAAAAUGCUUCAGUCAUUUUGGUGGGGAGGGUUUGCUCCAUCGGUGUGAAUCAAAUGCCAGAUAAACAAGGACGAACUGUUGCCCUAGGAUGUAAGUAUGUAAAGUUAAUGCUUUCUUUUGAAUUUGAUCAA